UCGCAUUACCAGUUUACCAACAGUGUCAGUAUUGCUGCACCCACAGAAGAAUGCAGGUUUCGCUAUAAAUACCAUACCGAUUGUUGCUUCCAGCAAUAACUUGUUGAGUAAUACCGUUUCCGCUUUGCAGACAGUAUCAGGCAAAAAUUCAGUUAUGGCAUCCGGCGUGGAUCGAGUCGACGGCGAACAAACGGCCACCGAUGCGCCUCCACAAACUUGUGAUUCUGUGCGAACGGAGAUGCCUCACACCCACUUUAGCCAAGCGAUCCAGGAUAUGCUGACUAAUCAAAUUAUGUGCGAUGUGACACUUAAAGGGAUGGACAAUGCGUGCGAAGGCAUUCCUUGCCACCGCAAUAUCGUCAGCGCACACAGCUCAUAUUUCCGGACAAUGUUUUCCAUCGGCAUGAGGGAGUGCCACGAAGACGAAGUUUGCCUGAAAAAUAUUCCAUUUAGUAUUCUUAAAACGUUGAUCGAAUAUUUAUACUCCUUUCCAAUCGUAAUUGACGCCUCGAACGUCCACGAUAUCCUUGCUGCUGCCAUUUUCUGGGAUGUCCUUACCUUAGCUGAAACAUGCUUCGAAUUUUUAGAGCAUCAGCUCGAUAAGAAAAAUUGCCUGAGGGUAUUUUGCUCACUCCACUGCGAGAGUUACAAGCCCAGUUUUGUCGCACGUGCCAAAGAAUUACUUUUGCAAAAUUUUAUUGAAAUUUUCAGUGAUGGAGAAUUUUUAGAACUCGAUAAAGAUAAGGCUAUCUUAUCGGGGUUUGUUGUUGAAACAGAUAAUCGGGGUUAUCACUGCCGAUGA